CGACGACGACAGCAGCAACGUUUUUCGGCCGUGCACCGCGUUUUCAGUGCACCGCGUUCCGUGGACGAUGGCGGUCGUUGCGUUGUUGCGUUGCGCGCGUUCGCCGCACUAGUAAUACGACGAUGGUCGUUAAUAAUAAUAAUAAUAAUCGUUUCGGUUCGUUUUGAGUAAAUUAAUUUUUUUAUUAUUUUGGCAAUUUUUGAUUUUUCUCCCGCCGACCCGUUUAUUGUCAUAGACCGGUCGACACCGCCGGUCGUCGGUGCCGCAAUUAUUAUGCCAACAUCGGUCGUUCGUCCGGCCAGAACAGCUGCUGCGUUGCUAUUGUAUUGCGCCUGGACUACCGACGACGAUUUCGGUUGAAAUAAACAAAAACCGUUGUUGUUGUUGUUGUUGUCAUUUUUUGCUAUCCCGUCGUAUAUUAUAUGUAUUAUAAUUUGUAAUUACAGUAAGUCAAACAUCGUUUGUUAGCCACUAGCUCUACCCUCACCACACAGUAGUGUUACCACUCGUGCACACCGUCCGUUGUCGCACAGUUUCGUCAUGGCCGCCGUUGUCGUGCAGCAACAGCAGCAGCAACAGCAGCAGCGACAGCGGCCGCACCAGCCGAUGGACUUGCGCGGCGGCGGCGCCGACGACGACCGUUCGUCGGACGGCGAACACCGCGACGGCCAGGACGACGGCCUGCACCUGAUGAAGCGCAAGAGGAGCGGCGCGGCCAAGUCGCACGGCCCCGAGCCCAUGGUCGCCGACGACCCGGCCGCCAAGUCCAUGUACACCGACCUGGACGAGUACGUGUACGACGCGCAGUGCCGGCGCAGCCUGGAACCCGAACCGCAGGACGUGUACGCCGAGCUCAGGCAACGGGAACGCGACUUGCGGCUGGCCGCCGAGCUGGGCAAGGCGUUGCUGGAGAAGAACGACGAGCUGUCCAGGCGCAACGAGCGGCUGGCCGAGGAGUACAGCGAGAAGCUCGAGGAAAUCGAGCAGGAUCGGCAUUCGCUCAAGAGGCGUUUGGUAAAUGCCCAGACGGAAUCCGACGCCCGUCUGUUGGAGUUGCAGGCCGACAUCCGAGACUUGCAAGCGGCCGUGUCGCAAAGGGAACGGCAGCUUAGGCAAACCGAGAAGGAAAAGGCCCGACUUGUGUCCGAACUCACCGAGCAGAACCAUCGUCUCCAGACGCAAAUCAAAGAGCUAUCCAAAGCGGAGCACGACCUGCAAGCCCAAUGCCGCCAACUGCAGGACCAGUGUUCCCAGAAAAAAUGGUCGCUGCACGAUCACCAGUCCAGCUUGGACGUACUCCGGGAAGAAAUCCAGUUCACAGCGGAAAAAAAACAGGAACUGGAGAGGAGAGUUCACGCGGUCCAGGCGGAUCGCGACCAACUGGCUGCUGCGCUAGAAGAAGCCUUGGACAGGGUCCGUUGUGUGGAACGCGAGUGCCGGGAACAUGAAAUCAAGAACCAUUCGCUCAGGAAGCAAUUGGACGAGUUGCACCGGGCCAACUGCGUGCUGUCGGCCAAACUGCAGGAAGCGAAAAAAUGCCAAAACGGCGGAGAGUCCUUGGGUCCGGUGUCGCUUCAGAUGGAAAUCGACCAGGCCGAAGGCCGCGUUACCGCCUCUCCGGCCGCCGACGAUCCGCAAGGUCCUUCGGCCGGAGAAUCCGUUACGGGACAGUUGUUGCGGCUGUGCGGCCAAUUGGAAAUCGCCGGUGAAAACGCCUCCGACGACGAUCAGCAACGGCGUUCGCUGAAGGAGGCGGUUCGCCGUUUGAACAAGGUGAUAGGCGCCGGUGGCGCCGAAACCGAUGCCAAUCAAUCGGCCGAAGAAGAGACCGCGGUCGACCUGAGCAGGACCCGGGAAGAGGCGGACCGGUUGCGGGACAAACUGAAUUCUGUGCAAACGGAACUCCGUGGCCGCAACGAGCACAUCAACCAGUUGACCUCCGAAUUGUCCGUAAGAGACGCCGAACUACAAGCGGCCAGGGAAGAGAAGGAUUUCGCCGUCCGGGACAAACAGGCGGUGUUGGAGCAGAGCAACGUAGAAGACAUAGUCAAGGCAGCUUGGGAAGCCCGCGACGGAGCGGUUUCCAGGAAGAAUGCGGCUCAAGUGCAACUGGCCAGGACCCGAAUAGACGUUCUACAGGCCAACGGUCAACUGAUGGAAGCCAUCCGACAGAAGGUGGAACUCAGCCAACAGUUGGAACAGUGGCAGAUGGACAUGCAAUCGCUGCUGGACGAGCAGAUGAGGCGCAAGUUGCUCGGUGUUCAGAACCCCAACUGUCCCAACGGCGGCGGCUAUUCGAUGAGCAGUCAACAGCAAGACUACUGCACGAGCUACUCGUCCAUGGACUUCCUGGGCAACGGCGGCGACCAAGAUGGCGGCGGCGGGGGAGGUGGCGAAACCAAGAAGACCGCGUCUUCUUCGCUGAGGUCGUUGAGCUCGUUCGCCGGCUGGGGAAGUAGCGGAGGGGAAGGCAACGGCGGCGGUGGCGGUCGACGGCUUUUCGCCGGUCUGUUCCAACCGUCUUCGUCCACCAACGGCGGGAACAACUCGACCAGAUGACACCGGACCUUGUCCUUUUCUCGAUUAUAUCAUUUUCAUCCGAACGUCUUAGAGUUACCUUUCGUGUCUUAACAUUGAGCAAAUACGGGAGGGUGGGGCGGUGUUUGACGCGCAGGCGCCAAGGUUAGGGGGUGCGGUGCGACCAACCUUAUCAACACACACUGCAAACAGCGGUACCAACUAAAUCCAUUUCGGUCGCGCGUCCUAAUCUCUUCCCCAUUCUCCCGUGAGCACAAUCAAUUUUACGCGGAUAUUAUAUUUACAACAGUAAUAGACAAUAAAAUGACCUAACCUGUCGAGGAACUCUUCAGCCGAAAAUUGGAAAUAAGACGUGCAAUCAACGUAAGAAUUACCUAUUAAAAAAUUCACGUUAUGUUUAGCAAUGGCAUUGCUGUUACACUACACAAUACAAAGAGCCUAACCCAAAAGUUUUAAUUUUUUACAUUUAAUUCGGAUUAAUUUUUUCAAGUUCCUCGACCGUUAUCAUAAUAAUUGUUGCUGUUAUAAAAUACCGUCGCGUUAAUAGUGAAUUUAUCAGAGUUAUUUGUAUCUAUGUUUAAUGUACGCCCAAUAAUUGUCAUUACUAUAAUAUUGUUGUCGUUGUCGAUUUUCAAUUCAGUUCCAAAGCCAACGUUUUUCGGGGUACCGUCCUGUUAAGGUAACCUACAUUUUGGUUAUUUUUAAGAAUAUUUCUGUUAGGUAUAUAUAUUAAUAACAAUCGCCGAAUAAUGUGAAGUGCACUUAAUAAUAAAAGUCCAUCCCGAAUCGUCAAAAAGAGCACCUGAACCUAAAAACUCAAAAGGCUGUGUCGGAUUUUGCUAGCAUUGAAAAUAAAACAAUACUUUAACAUAGAACGAUAAUUGUUGUUACAAUAUAUUACAAAUUAUUAAUUUUAGUAUUAUUUUUCUACACGUUUAACCUCGCUGGUAAACUAAAAAAAAAAAAACAAAAUUUAUAUUGUGUUACAAUUAUUACGACGCGUGUAUAUAA